AUGUUUAUAACAAUCAUAAGAUCCACUACAUUAUUAUAACUAAAACCAAAAGUUGGUUAUUAGAAGUAUUUGACAAGACUUAGAACGGUUUCUUUAGCAGGUGUUAUAACAAUGGCAGCUUCUGCAUAUUAUUGUUAUGAAUGUUUCUGGAAUACUUCUUUAGAAUUUAUUCAUCAUCCAGAAGCAAUAGAGAAACAUCUUCUUAGUAUAUUUGGAGAUGUAAAUAUUAAAUAAUAUAGAAGAUCAAAUAUAGACCUACUUUCUAUAUUCCUCACAGGUUAUUAUAAUUAGCAUAUGCUACUCGUUGGGAAUAAAAAAUUGAAACAGAAUUUGAAAGAUAACUAUUUAAAUUAUCAGAUGGUGGACAAUUAGCCUUGGAUUGGAAGAAUAAACAUGUUGUUACAAAGAAACCACUUAUUUUAAUAACUCACGGAUUAACAGGUGGUUCUGAGACUAAUUAUAUAAAACAUGCUGCUGAGACUUUAGCUAAAGCUGGUUAUUAAGUAGUUUGUUUUAAUUAAAGAGGAGUAGCUAAUUGUGAAUUAUUGACAAGUAAAUAUCAUUUUCAUGGAUGUACAAAUGAUUUAAGGGAAGUUAUUAAUUACUUAUAAGAAAAUAAAUAAAAAGGAUAAUAAAUAUUUGGAUUAGGAUUUUCUAUUGGAGGUAGUCUUCUAUUGAAAUAUGCAGGAGAAGAAGGUUAUAAAUGUAAAGUCAAUAGAAUAUUCUCUGUUGCCAAUCCAUACGAUCUAUUAGAUUGUUCUCAUAAUAUUAUGAAAUUUAGAAACAAAAUUUAUGAUUGGUCAAUUACUUGUAAUUUCAAAAUGUUACUUAAAUAACAUUAAAAUUCAUUAGCAGAUAACCAAAAAACUAAAGGAAUUUAAAUUGAAGAAGCAUUAUAAGCUAAAAAUACUUAUUAAUUCGAUGAACUCAUUACAAGAAGAUUAUUUGAUUUUGAUUCUCCUGAAUAAUUAUAUUCAAAUAUAGGAUGUGGCAAUUAUAUUAAAGAUGUUAAAGUUCCUGUUUUUAUUAUGCAUGCUAAAGAUGAUCCGAUUGUUCCUCAAUUUCUAGUUCCUUAUGAUUAAAUUAAGUAAAAUCCUAAUAUUAUUGUGGCCUUAACAAAUAAAGGUGCUCAUGUUGAAUGGUUUACUGGUUUUAAACCAUAAAGAGUAUAUAUUUAAUUAUAUUUAUUAGUGGAUAAUGAAUCCUAUACUAAAGUAUUUCGAAGAGAUACAAUCACUAUGA